AGCUGAUACMUCCACUUUAGGAGUUUCCUUGGGAUAAGAAUCAAUGUAUCUUGAAACAGUGCUGGAUCUGAUUUAUUGCUGUUACACAGUACUUGUUAUCUGGUUGYGCACCGAUCAUCAAAAACAAAUUUUACAAAUAGCUCAGCCUUAUCUUGUUGUUCUGUAGAGCUCUCAAGCUUUCUCAGAUAAUCUUUUGGUUUCCCAUUCACUUCAGUGUUGAUUCUUUCUUCUUCCCUCCUCAAAUACGUUUCUUCAAAAGUUUUUCUAACACUUUUCCUUUCAUUUUUUUUUUAAAAAGGAGAUGGCACUUGGCUAGUAGCUGCACUUUGAAGAUUGGAUCUUAGCUGAAACUCACUGAGCCCAAGACCUGUCAUCUAAAUCUUCCAUUUGGACCAGGAUGUCUUCAUUUCUCAAUAUGAACAAUGACCAUAGUUAACAAGCCCAAAUCGUCAAAAUCUAAAAAGUCGUCAUCCAGACGGUCUGGCAAAUCAAAGAAACCCCGUACUAAAAAAAUGAAGUCACGCACCGCCAAUUGGGGUCGGGUACCACCUGCAGAAGAUCCAAAUCAAGUCUCUGUGGACCAAGGACCUGGAGGUGCUAUUUAUUGUAGAUCAUCUGAAAAAUCUAAACCUUUUGCCCAAAGAGACCUAGUCGUUAAUGAUGGAAUUGCUCCACCGCAAAGGAUUCUUUUUCCACCUGAGAAGAUUUGUAUGGACUGGCAGCAAACUCAAAGUGUUGGAGUUGGACUCUACAACCUUGGGAAUACCUGUUUCCUCAAUUCUGCUCUACAGUGUUUGACUUACACCCCCCCUCUCGCCAAUUAUAUGCUUUCUCUUGAACACACCCAAUCAUGUCGUGAGCAAGGCUUCUGCAUGAUGUGCACAAUGGAAACUCAUAUUAAUCAGGUCCUUUGUUGCUCUGAUGAUGCCAUCAAACCUACACCUGUCAUCAACGACCUUAGAAGAAUAGGAAAACAUUUCCGUUUUGGCAGUCAGGAAGACGCGCAUGAGUUUUUGCGCUACACGGUUGAUGCCAUGCAGAAAGCUUGUUUGAAUGGAAGUACCAAGUUAGACAGAUCUUCUCAAGCUACCACAGUAAUUCAUCAGAUAUUUGGAGGAUUUCUAAGAUCCAGAGUAAAGUGCUUGAACUGCAAAGCAGUUUCGGACACCUAUGAGGCAUUCCUUGAUAUUACUUUGGAUAUUAAGGCAGCUUCAUCUGUCACCAGAGCUCUAGAACAAUUUGUGAAACCAGAACAGCUGGAUGGUGAAAAUUGCUAUAAAUGUAGCAAGUGUAAAAAGAUGGUUCCUGCAUCAAAAAGGUUUACGAUACAUCGUUCUUCCAAUGUUCUCACGAUAUCCCUGAAAAGAUUUGCAAAUUUUACUGGUGGAAAGAUCAACAAGGAUGUGAAAUAUCCUGAAUAUUUAGAUCUUCGAGCCUAUAUGUCUCAGUCAAUUGGGGAACCGCUGCUCUAUGCCUUAUAUGCAGUCCUGGUACAUAGUGGUGUUAAUUGUCAUGCAGGACACUAUUUCUGCUACAUAAAGGCUGGUAAUGGACUUUGGUACCAGAUGAACGAUGCCUCUGUAGUCCUUUGUGAUAUCAAAACAGUUCUCAGCCAGCAAGCAUAUUUGCUGUUUUAUAUCAGGCGCUAUGAUUUGACGCUUGGAGAACGCGCCUUUUACCUACCCGCUCCGUCUUAUCCCCGCUCAUUCCUUGGUCAGCGGGGGGCUAAUAAGCAGACUGGAUUUAUGGGACCACGGCUUCCUCCUCACAUGAUUAAGAAUUCAAGUCGGCUAAAUGGAAACGGAUCUCUAAAAGAGGAUCCCAAUACCAUUGGUGUCACCCUCAAAAGGCCAUCUUCAGCCCCACCAACAGCUUGUGUUCAAAACUGGGCAAUUACCAGGCCUUCAAUUACUGAUCCCUCCAAGAAACAGAAGAUCACUAUCAGUAUUCAUAAUAAAUUGCCUGCACGUCAGACCGUGUCUCAGCCUGACUCUCUUAGCAGCGCUGUUGAGGAUGAAGAUCUCAGCAAGCCUGUUCCUUCCUCCACAAUUACAAAAUCUUCUGCAGCAGAGUCUACCUCAAAUGCAUCUACAAUGUCAGUUGCUACUAAUGUUUCCAAACAAGAAGUUCCUGAUGAAAUUUUUGUUGAGCCAGCAGUGAAUGGAAAUCCAAAACUCAGCUCUGAUAACACAGUCCCUUACGGUGCAGAAUCUUCAGGAAAAUCUGAGGAGGAGUCGAAGGGCUUAUUUAAAAGGAAUUGCAACGUAGUAUCUUCUAAUGGAAUUUUGAUUGGAAAGGUAGUCCGUACAUUGCAGAAUUCCCAUUCUUCUUGUCAGAAUGCUGAAGAAGAAAGACCCCAGCAUGAGCUGCCAAAAAAUGAUUCAUUAAAUGGUGCUAUUAGUUUAGAUAAUGAAUCUAAAGAAAAUGGACUGAAACUUGAUGAUUCCGCUUGCCAAGUACAACCUGUUAAACCUUCAGAGAUUUUCUUUUCUAAAACAAAUGGAUUGCUUGAAACAAUGCCUAUAGCUUUGCCUCCAGUCCCUCAAGAAAUAAUCUUAGAAUCCCUCACAUACAGCCAGUUGAACAGCUUGUCAGAGGAAAUAAGUGUCCCUGGACCUCAGAAAUCUUCAGAGAAUGACACUCUUAUGGAAACUGUUGUGAUGGAAGCACUGUUUGUCUAUGAAGAGUCCAGGAAGGUUCCUUCUGACAUUAGCUGUGAGGUUGAGAAUCUUUUUGUUCAAUCAGAUUCUGAAACCGUUGCUACCAAAGAAGAAGUUGCUGAAAGUAUUGUAUCAAAAGCUGAUAAUGCACAUCCCAAUAUCAAUGGCCAGCACAAGGUCAGGAAAAGAUCCUUGGAUGCUGAAGAUGAAUUCCUAGGGCAGUGUGUUUCUGAAGACAGUGCAGACAAAGACAAACCAAGAAGAUCAAAGGAAUCUGAACUCAUUUCUAAAGAAAAUCCUUUGUACAUCAAAGGGUCUCCUGAGACUGAAGAGAAAUUAGGGCAAACUUCCUCUGUAAAGUCUGACAUUGAAUGUAAUUCUCAAAAACUUGCAUCUCUAGAUAGUACAGAUAAAUGCCAAGAAUCAAAGGAUGUUUCUAAUAACUAUAUCGAAGUACCGCCUGUUAAUGACUCUUCAAUUACAAAGCUGGAUAAAGUUUUGGAGAGUCAAUUUUCUAGAGACAGUGAGGGGCUGAGUAGUAAAAAAUGUGACGAAUACAAACAUAGGAAAAAAUAUAAGAAAAAAAUAUAUGACGCUAAAAAACCUGACAAAGAGCACUACCGGAGGAAGAGAGAACACUCCGACACGGAAGAGAGGGAGAAGCAAAACAGAAGCAAAACAGAUGGUCACUCUCACAAGAGGAGGUGCUCUCGCAGCAUGGAAACAAAUAAGCAAAGCCGUCACAAGCAGGAAUAUUGCAAUGGUAGCAAGUACAGAUCUUCCCAUAAUGACAGAAGCAGCCCCGAUAAUGGCAGAAGCUCAGGAAAGUAUCCUCGGUACAGAUCCCGAAGCAGAGGGAGGACGGAACAAGACAGAAGUAGGUAUUAUCAUUCCAAAGGAGAGCGAACUUGGAGCAGAGAAAGAUACUAUCAGGAUGAACCACGGAGAUGGGAAAAGUGUAGAUACUACAAUGAUUACUAUUCUUCUCAUGGAACAAGAGAUGGUAGAGAGAGAAAGUUCUCUCACUGUGAUAAAGACUUUGACAAAUCAAGUCAAGCUUACAACAACAGGUCACAUAAGGAUUAUCAUUACAAAAGCAGAUGGCUUCACAAUUCACUCUCUCGAGAGGAAGAUGUGCAUCACUUCAGUAGUCACAGAGCAGACUCGCAUCACUGUUCAGUGCCUCAGCAGCAGCACGAAAAAUACUCCCGCGAAAGGCAUGUGUUUCCACCUGUGUCAGCUCAUUCAAAUUUUGAGGACUCCUCCCAGAGCGAUGAAAAAGAAAGAAACAGAAAAAGAAAAUAUUCCCGUGCAGAGGAGAGUGAAAGCGAAUCGGAAAAGAAACGUAGAAAGGUAGAAAAAGAGCGAUCAGAUUCAGGUGAUCAAAAAUUGAAAAAAUACAAGAAGGUCAAGAAGAAAAAGAAGUCCAAAGAUAAACAUCGAGAGAAGGAUUACAAACUUUAUGAUUUGGAUUUCUCUGUGCUCCACUUUGACAAUGACAAUCGCAAACGUAAGAAAAAGAAGAAAAAGAAGAAACACAUCAGGAAACUGAAAGGCUUCUUGGAAUACUUAGAUCCUCGUUUCCAGAAAAAAACACGGGAGAAGAAGGAAGAAUCUCGUCCUCCAGAUGACUAUUUAUGUGAGCAAUAUAGAAACCAGGGCAGUAAACAACCCUACAAGGAAGGGAAGCCUUCCAGUACUGGUGAAAGCAAGAAAUACAGUUCCGUCACACCCAGCGAGUAUAUGAAAGAUACGGAGCUUGCUGAUGGAAGCCUUCAAUACUCAAACUAAAUCUACCAUCAAACCCAACAACCUAUUUAGCAUCAAAACCAACAGCCUAUUUAGCAUCAAACCCAACAACCUAUUUAGCAUUAAAAAGACAACUUAUUUACCAUCAAAAACAACUUAUUUACCAUCCAAAACCAACCUACCAUCAAAACCAACAAACAUCCUCAAAACAAUACUAACCAUCCAAACGUAAAAUUAUUAUCAGAACAAUAUAAUUACCAUCACAGCAAAACCCAAUCAUAAGUGGUGCUUCAAAGUUCUGUACAGAAUUUUACCAUGAAAGAACUUUUUUUUAGUUUUUAACUUGAGACUUUCUUUUUUAAAAUGUACUUGUAAUCCAAAAGGGUGGAAACUUUCUACAACUGCUGAACAUUGUAAAUGACCAUGUAAAUAUCUCACUGAAAAUAAUGCCCUGGAAUAGAACAUCUCAAAUGCUGCUUAAUUACAGACUCAGGUUGAUUGUGUGUUAUUCAUGUAAUGUUACUCCAAGUUAGACAUCUGGUGCAAGAGAGACCAGGAAACCACGGAAUUAUAAAAAUUGCAACUGACAGUCUGUAUAUUUAAUUUAAAGACUUAUUUAAAAUUUCACAAGCUCUCAAAUAACUAGAGUUUUGCUAGAGCUUCAUCUUUUUUUUUCUGUGAUGUCUGACACUAGAAACUUAUUUACUUCACCUUCUUAGUUAUAUUCAAGAUCUGAAGAAAAUGUUCUGGUUUUCAACAGUGUGAAACAUACUGAUCAGAAUAUACUGUUCUGAAUGUAUCUCAAACUAUUUGUAUACUCUCCCAUAUGUUUUUAUUACUUUUUUUUAUAUAGUGUCACUUGUCUUGACUUAGUCUCAGUUGUCUGUUUUGUCCCUCUGAAGUUUCUAGUUACAGACAAAUUCAUACUGUGAUUUUUAUUUUUAUUAUUAAAUGCUAUCAAACUGUGAUGCACUUAUUAUUCACUGGUCCUGCAUCAGGAGAUGAGUGGGGAACCUGUAUUAAAUACAGUUCAUCUGAAUAAUCUGUCUGGUUUAUACAAGCUGUGUUGUUCAGAGAUGUCUAAAGUUUGAUCUUUGUUUUUUUAAAGAUAAAAGCACUUGCCCCACUGUAAAUAUAUAGCAUGUAAAAUUUAUAUAGUAUAUAAAUACAGCAAAGUUAAAAUGGAUUUUACUUGAGUUUUACUUGAGUUAUUUAACAUGCAAUAUGUCAUGUGAAUUGACAGCUUUCAGAGUGUGUUUGAUAAUCAAGAAAUCAGAUCUUCCUUUCAGUGGUAGGUGCGAAGAUGCUGUUGGU